AUGUGUACCGAGAAAAGUGCGAAUUUGCUGUGGCUCCUUUCUGCCAUAUCGCUUCUUUGUGGAUUUGUCCUGCCGUACGGUCACUGCCAAAACGCGGAGCCGCGGGAACAGUACGGGAGCAGGGAUGUCGCGAGGAAAAUAGGCGAUCUGCGGGACGAACUGCAGGUCGACGAUGUGGAUCAGUCGUAUGUCUGGGAUGCGUCUCUCGAGGGUAAAAAGGCGCUCGAUGAGGACGGCAGCUCUCUCUCGUCUCGGAACGUGGCAGAGGUGCCGGAGACGGAAGCGGAAACGGCGCCUGGGGCUGACGGAAAUAGGGGCAAGGUCUUCGUUCCACCAGAAGGUGCUUCCAACUCAUCUCUUCGGUCAGGUUUGAAUGUCACAGCAUCAACAUCAAUCUCCCGUCGCAAGACAGACGCAGCUAGGCAGCGCAAGAAGCGUCGCAGAAACAAAGAAUCCCGAAGCUCUUCUUCCGACGUGGAUCGACAGCGCGAGACCGCCGACGACACUCGCGAUAACGAGAUCAGAGGCAAGAGAAGCGGCAACCAGGCGAAAAAAUCAAAGGACUCUCCGGCACGGCGGUACCGCGCGGAGCGUCGCCGAAGGAGAAAGAACCGCGAGCGAAAACGCGGUAGAAAGAGGCCGAGACAGAACGGGGAGAAGAACGAGGAGCGCAGAACGUCGAAAUUCAAGAGAAGAAUGAACGACGCACCUGCUGCGUUGCUGCUUGGAAAAAUCGACGAUCACUCGUACGAGGAGGCGGUGUUGAACUCGUCGAACGUAGCCUGGAGAGGUAGCCAGACUCCGAUCAACGACUCCGAUGUCACAUUAUCGUCUAAUCUUCCGGAUCAACUGACCACAGAGCCCACCAAACGGUCCACUCAGACCACGUGGCGUUACAGGAUUUACGAGGACACCGUCGAAAGAGAAUUCUCGAAGCAAUUAGAGAAGGAAAUUUCGAGGACGCAAAUGGAGGAUCCGGCUAGCUUGGAGAACCGUAUCUUGGGCAGCUCUUUGUCGAAGCCUUCUUACAAGAGUACGGAACGCAAGGAGGGCAGUUCAGCCGGUAACUCGAACGAGCCUAAAUUCAGCAAUUCGAGGUACGACGCUGAUAAAAUGCUCGGUUACUCGAAGACAGAAGAGGAUCUGCCGAUUUUGGAGCUGGAGAACGAGGUCCUGGCGAGAACGUUGAGGGAUUACAACGCGUACAUGACGUCGAACUUGAAAUUGUCCGUGUUACAGCGUCACGACGACGUCGAACGAAGGAAAGCCGGUGGAUCGUCGCAUUUUCACGGGAAACCCAUAAUCGAGGGGUCAGAAUUCGACACGGCGAGAGGAAAGAAGAGCACGGAAAUGGCGAACAGCACACCGGCAUCGUACGAGGACGAUACGAAGGGAGAUUUAUCAUGCAUAAACGGAACGUUCGUGCCGGCUCCCCUUGCGCGGCACGCGCUGAUCAAAUAUGUAAAGUCCUCGGUACCAGGCCACGAGUACCUGGAAGCUGACUACGAGUGUGCUCCAGGAUUUUACAUGGUGAGCACAACAAGUAGGUUGCUCUGCAGAAAUCGUCAAUGGAUAGGACAGCUGCCAAAGUGUAAGGUCAAGGAGAAUUUUGAGGGGGUGUGUGCCGGGGCUUCCUGCGAUCACGUGUGCAAGGAAGUCGAUGGACGACCGGUGUGUUCUUGCUACAAAGGGUUCAGGUUGGAGGGUGACAAAUGCCUUGAUGUGAACGAAUGCAAGGAUAACAAGGGAGGUUGCGAGCAUAAGUGUGUGAACACGCCGGGAUCCUUUCGUUGCGAGUGCCCAAAGGGAAUGAAACUAGACGAGGACCGAUUCACGUGCAAGGAUAUCAACGAGUGUCUGUUGAACAACGGACACGGUCCAUGUCAGGGAACGUGUCGGAACACCGUAGGCGGCUAUGAAUGUUCCUGCGACGCUCUGCAGGACACCGUGCUGUCACCCGACAAUCACACGUGUCGGGACGCUGGCCCGUGUAGCGUCAACAACGCUGGAUGCUCCCACACCUGUCUCUCCACGAUGGGCCGGGUAUUUUGUCUCUGUCCCGACGGUUUCAUCCUGGAGGACGACUGGAAGACCUGCCAAGACGUGGACGAGUGCGUCCAACCAGAUUUGCAAACGGAGAUGUGCCGGUAUGGUUGCAUCAACACGCCAGGAUCUUAUCGAUGCGCCGAGCCAAUGGAAUUGAAGGAUCAACCGAUACUGGACAGCUUGUCGAUCACCUGUCUGCCUGGCUACGAGGCCACCCCCGACGGAACUUGUAUCGAUAUCAACGAGUGUACGAUCGACAACGGCGGAUGCUCGGAGGUUUGCGAGAACACAGAUGGAAGCUUCUUCUGCGCGUGUGACGGCGACGAGAAAGCUCUGACUUCCGAUGGAAAAUCAUGCGUGGAUCUAAAUAACGUCUCCUGUCCGCCGUUAAAUCCGGAGGGUCGAGGGUAUUUAAUGUGUUCCCGUUUGACGACACCAAAACCGUGGAGAGGUAGACGAAGAGUGGCCAAUCGACCGGGCACCAAGUGUUUCUUGAAGUGUCCCCAUGGGUACCAGCUUCACGGGGAGUACGAAUUGAGUUGUCGAUCCGAUGGCUCCUGGGAUGGACCGAAACACGGCGAGUGUGUCAGAUACAGCAAACCUCGGUUAGAGUGCCCUAAGGACGUGAUCGCGGAGCUAUCUCCAGGCCGAGACGAGGCGUUCGUGACGUUCGAUCAGCCGUCGACGGAUCUCGAUUGGUUCCGAUACGUUCGAUCGAAACCCUCUUGGGGGACCAGACUCGAGGCGAACCUAACCCCCGGUGUACACGAGAUCACGUUCUUCGCGAGACACCCGGUAUCGAAGAAGCAGGCCAGCUGCGUGUUGCGCAUCAUCGUCAAAGGCGGCGAGGCGCCAAAAGUUAACGAGUGCCCGAACGACAUAGAGGUCAACGGAAGAAACGGGACAGCUAUCACGUGGAUCGAGCCAAUUUUCACGGACAACGUGAAAGUGACCCGGAUUAGGAGCAACGAGAGUCCAGGACGGCGUUUCGACGUCGGCGGCCACAGAAUAGAGUACGAGGCGAGCGAUGAGGCAGGUUGGUCGAGCAAGUGCGUGUUCACCGUGGUCCUCCGUCAGGAGUGAGCGGGUGAAUCGCGGUGAUCAGGUGAGCGCGAUACCACGGAGGAAGUAAGAGGAACGAAAAGGGGUGAUCCAGGUGAAAAGGGGGGCAAAGGUAGCGGGCCGGAAGAGUAGCGAUAAGGUAAU